GUAAUACAGCGAUUGUAUGUGUUGAUGAAGAGAAACCUUUGAGAUUCAGACACCGCAUCAAUUGACUGGGGUCAGGAAGGAGAGAGCGAAAGAGAAUCUUUGUCAUGUCAUCGUUCACCGGUUCAUUUGGCGACGAAUCGCCAGUUACCGGGUCGACGACUCGUCCCUUCGACGACGAUGGCUAUAUCGGCUACGAUCCUCGCAUCCAGUCCCAGCGAUUCGACUCUUUCACUAACUUCGACGCCAAUUCUGUCAAGGACUCCGUCGGAGACUCGUCACCGAUUUUCGGCUCCCAAUCUUACAGCGCUGGACAUGAAGUGUUUUCUCCGCUGCAGGAAGCUAGCGGAGGUUUUGGGGCAACUGAUGGCUCGGUCUUGCCACCGUCGUCUGAGAUGGAACCGGAGGAGGGUUUCGCACUGAGAGAGUGGCGGAGGCAAAACGCAAUCAGUUUGGAAAAGAAGGAGACGCUAGAGAAAGAGCUGUUGCAGCAGAUAAUAGCGGAGGCCGAGGAGUACAAAGCUGAGUUUUACAGGAAGUGCCAUGUUGCCGUUGAGAACAACAAAGCUUCUAACAGAGAGAAGGAGAAGCUAUUUUUGGCGAACCGAGAUAAGUUCCACACUGAAGCGGGACAGAAUUACUGGAAGGCAAUUGGAGAACUCAUUCCUCGUGAGGUGCCAACUAUUAAGAAAAGGGGGAAGAAGGAUCAAGAGAACAAGAAGCCCUCCAUUGUUGUCAUCCAGGGACCCAAGCCUGGGAAGCCAACAGAUCUCUCAAGGAUGCGUCAUAUACUACUGAAGCUUAAGCACAAUCCACCGCCCCACAUGAAGCCUAAGCCAGUUUCAUUAGCAGAACCUAAAAAAGAUGCUAAAGCUGCUCCCGCUCCUUCUGGUGCUGCUUCUACAAAGACGGCAGUGGUGACUCCUGAACCUAAAGCUACUGCUUGACUGUGGUGCUGAUGGCAGCAAAAUCUGUGAAUACAUGUGGAAAUUAUUAGUUGUGAUUCAUAGCUGUUUUUGUCUAUAUGGUCUUUUAUUCCUAUAUAUCUAUUGUUUGAGCAUAGCUUGGAGAUUAGUGUUACCCUAUGUAAAAAAGGUUUUGUUACUUCUAUCAGUUUGUUAGGUUAUGGUUUUGAUUUGGUGUGGUUUA